AUGUCAAAACGUAAUAAAACAAGAUGUAAACGUGCAUCAGAGGAAUAUCCUCAUCAUACGAUAAAAAAACAUAAACAAUACAUUAAAUGGAAAUACCUUCGCAGGUUUUAUGAGAGUGGUGGUCGGGAUUAUGAACAAUAUAUUAACUGGCUUGGAAAUGAAAAUGUUCAAUCGCUUGUAAUUCAGGAAGAUAAAGCAGAUGAUGUAUGUGACAAAAAAGAUUUGACACUACCAAAACUUUUAGUAGACGAUAACUCGCUGCCUGCACUUGUAAUUGUUCAAGAGGAUAAUGAUAAUGUGCAUGAUUCUGAUAAACAAACUCUCUCUAAAGCAUCUACUCUCUCUAAAUCAUCUACUCCCUCUAAACCACCUACUCUCUCUAAAUCAUCUACUCUCUCUAAAGCAUCUACACGUCUAAUGGAAAAGACGUCGGAUGCAUGUACAACAACAAUUAGUGGUUCGCUUAAAGAACGACGUAUUGAAAUUGAUCAUCAACCUCUUAGUACACAUCUACCACUUCCAACAACUGUACCAAAUGUUAACAUUAACAAGCCAUCAAUUAUCCCGUUCCUACAGUCAAAACGAACACAUCUUUUUUUUCAUAUACCAUCAACAAAAGCGAAUCUCUCUACACAAUUAUCAUUUGAUGUACUGAACAAGAAUAUGACUACAAAUAAAUUGCCCAAAAGUUUUGACCUUUGGACAGUUAAUAAUGUUGUCACGUUUAUUGAGAAAAUUUUUGGCAAUCAAACACCCUAUGCAAAAGAUUUCCGUGAACAACGAAUUGAUGGGCGAACUCUUCCGAUGUUAACAGAAGAUCACUUAAUUAAAAUAUUUAGAAUGAAACUUGGAGACGCAUUACGAUUACUUUCUAUCAUUAGAAAAAUGAUUUCUGAUACAAGGACAUAUCAGCAUCGUGAUAAAGAAGAAAUGUACAAAAUGAGCACUGUGGAAUGCCUAUUAGUUCUUGUUGUUAUUAGUCUAUGGUUAUUCGCAGUUAUUAAUCUUGCGCGAAAAUUAGAAAAAUUAUGUAAUCCACCCUCCAUAUUUCCGAAUUAUUCUGCGUAUGCAAAAGUAUCUGUAUCACCAUCAUCUGCACCAAAUUCUGGUGAACAUAAUGAACAAAGAGCAUUUAUUCGUGCAACAUCUGAACCAACAAUUGAUGCAACACCGCGUACAAUUGUUAUUCGUAGUCCAUCUGAAGCAUGCUUACAUGCUAAAUCGACAAAUUCUCUACGUGAGUCAACAAUGUCAGGUUUAUCGCCAACAAAUUUUAUAAAUGAUCAACAUCAUCAUCACAGUCGUAGUACUCAUCGUAUCACUCAUGAAACACAUGGAAAUCGACCAACAAAUAAGCAACGUAAUUCAUUAUUAGAUCCCAAUCGGAUACCCAUGAUAGUUCGAAAAUCACUAAUUGAUUUACACAGACGAACGUUAUUUAAUACGAAUAUAACACCAAUUAAGUGUAUAAUUACGUCUGAUAGUAACUAUCAACAUAUCGAAAACAAUAAUUCAAAACAACCAUUGAUUAAACGACAACAAGAUGUUGAUUUAUAUAGAUCAGAUGAUAAUGCUGAAGAUAAUCACGACUCGCACUCAAGCGAUUAA